UUAGACCUUGGACCAGGAGGAUAGCAUUUCAUUUUUGUUGCUCGAGGGAAGAUCCGCACUGUUCUUGUUAUUUGUUUUUUUGCCUCGCCUGAGAUCUCACCAGUUCUAAAUAGUUCGAGGUUAAGUUGUUGUUUUUUUAUCUGUUUCGAAAUUGAGAACGUUUGUGACUUAUACAGCUGAGCCACUCGUGCUGCCACAUUACAAAAUUCUUUUGAAUUUGGUGCACAUUUUGUGUGACUUUUUGUGCGAAAGUCUUAUUCAAUUUUUUUGUGGUGGUUGGGAGAAAAAUGGGGCGCAUCAGACAACGGAAACGAAGUCACAGCGUCAGUGGCAUCAGUUCUCGGAGAUCUGGAUCACUGUCUAGUGAAAGCGACAAAGAAAAUGUCGCAGAAAACUGUGAGAGAAUUAGAAUGUUUGCAAAGCGUUGCAAUGAACAUGAUGAACGCCGUAAGAACUCUUCAGAUUCCGGUUGUGAUGCUUGUGCCACGGAUGUUUUAAAAACUGAAAACGGACAUUUAGGGAACGGGGAGAUUCCAAAAAAUGGCACAAUUUCAGAUGGACAUUGUCGAGGAUGUGACGACGCCGUAUCAGAUUGCUCUAAAACAAAUGGAGGGACUUCUGUCAGUGAAAAUAAUCAUGCUGCGUCAAAAGAUUCGUUUUCGUGGUACCACAAACUUUUGCCGUAUAGUUGGAUUUGGGAACCAGAAUAUGUUGUUGUUAAGUCACGCAGUCAAGCACAGCCGAACCAAGCGUCAGAGAUCCAUCAUCAGACAGACUCCCUCCUCAGCACAUCCAGUGGCUUUAACAAUUACAGAGGACUGUUAAAUCUGUGCAUAGUUCUUCUGGUGUUGUCCAAUGCCAGAGUUGCUUUGGAGAACAUCAUAAAGUAUGGUAUCCUUGUGGACCCCAUCGCCUAUGUCACAUUCUUCCUGGCAGACCCAUACUCCUGGCCAUGUCUCUGCCUAUUGUUGUCAUGCAAUAUCUUCAUCUUCAACGCAUACAGCCUGGAAAAACUUCUCGCAAAGAAAUCCCUGUCUGAAGGUUUUGGGAGAGGUCUUCAUAUCAUUAAUCUUCUCACCAUCUUGAUAUAUCCUGCUGCAGCCAUAUUGAUUUUACAUCCGAAUCCAUUUUACUCAAUGCAGACUCUUGCUUUUUUCGUCGUAACGUUUUGCAAGCUGAUUUCCUACGUCUUGACCAAUCAGUGGUGUAGGCUCAGCCUGAGGAAAGACUCAACAGCAGGCAGACGUCGGUACAAAUCAAUGUCUGCUAGCACACCUCCCAAUUUGGAGAAGCCUGUGUCAAAUGGGCAACAGGAGGUGGCUUUAGUGCAGUAUCCCGAUAACCUUAAUGUAAAAGAUUUAUACUAUUUUAUGUUCGCACCGACCCUGUGUUACGAGUUAAAUUUCCCACGAUCAGCUCGGAUACGUAAGAGGUUCCUUUUCAAGAGGGUCGUGGAGAUGGUGUUCCUGUCCCAAAUCAUGCUUGGCCUCAUACAACAGUGGAUCGUGCCGACCGUCAAGAACUCCAUGGUUCCGUUCGUCAAUUCAGAAUUUUCAAAAAUUGUGGAACGUUUACUUAAACUUGCAGUGCCAAAUCACUUCAUCUGGUUAAUCUUCUUUUAUUGCUUCUUUCACUCGAUGUUAAAUGUUAUUGCUGAAAUACUCAAGUUUGGCGAUCGUGAAUUUUACAGGGACUGGUGGAAUUGUGAUGAAAUCAAUACGUUUUGGUCCCAUUGGAAUAUUCCUGUCCAUCGCUGGGCUCGACGCCAUCUCUAUAUCCCGAUGAUACAGUCGGGAUUCUCCAAGAUGCAAGCAGGAGUUACUGUGUUUUUCGUAUCAGCAUUCUUCCAUGAGUACCUUGUCAGUGUACCUCUGAACAUGUUUCGUCUCUGGGCUUUCUUUGCUAUGCUGGGACAAGUGCCAUUCGCCAUGUUUGUGAAGAAGUUCUUACACGGACAGUACGGCAACAUGGCCAUGUGGAUCUCGUUGAUCGUCGGACAACCGAUCGCAAUACUUAUGUACUUCCAUGACUAUUAUAUUCUCCAUUGAGCAUGUAAUAGACUGGCCACUUCGCAGCAGGGAGGAACUAUUGUUGUUACUUGAGGUGCUUAAGGGAGAAUUUCACUUUAUCAUGUUCGUUGUAUAUAUUGCUAAUAUUAGUAAUGGUGUAUUCAGUAUUUUUGGAGUCAUGUUCAUGUAGCAGCUCGGGUCUCAGACUGGCAGGUCCUGAGGUCCCUGGUUUGAUCCCCACUGUUUGUGUGAGACUCCAGCCAGGGCUCUUUGUCUCUUUGCCUUGCACAAAAAUGUGGAGGCUCAAAAUUUUGGCAGUUUACCAUUUAAUGUUUAUUUACACUUUUCAGAAAUUUGUAACUGCAUUGUAUACCUUCUAAGUUCUUUAGCACCAAAUCUUUUUAAAUUGAGCUCUGUAAAAUAUUGUGACAAAAACAUGUAUGUAAAUAUGUAGACGUUAUCUGAAAAUAAAAAUCGCUGUAAAGAGAGUCCACAUAUGUACUAUGACAGAUUUUAUUCUUAGAAUCAUGCUGUGAUAUUUUAAUGGUAUUAAAAGGGGACUAUAGGCAGGAGCAGAGGGGCUAAUUUGGCCAUCUUCAGGUGACUAAGAGGCCUAUACACAGUGAGGGCCCUGGGUCAUAUCAGAUUUAGCACUAAAUAUAUUCCUCGUACAAGCGUGAAUCAUUUCGACUUACUGUAAGAUGUGAGAGACCCCUAUUGGCGACUUUGUGUAACUUUAUCUUGCCUGCCUAGCUGCUGCCUAUAUUGUCCCUUUAAAUUUUGAGACGUAAAAAUUUGCGGUGAAGGGAAAGAAAGUUGCUGAUUCUAGACUUAGGUUUGUAGUGGUCUUGUAAAUAAUGUCAAAAUGUCGAAGUGUAUUUGAUUCGAAGGUAGAAUGGCUGCCUAUACAGGGUGGUCCAGAAUUAUUUUCCUUUGGACAAUAGAAUUCUAUUGUGUAUCCAUUGUGUGAGGGAAAAUAAUUCUGGGCCACCCCGUAGUUCAAGAUAUCAAGAGCCUGACAUAUUCAAUAAUGUUUUUAAUUGACUUUCUCUCUUACCUGAUGGAAAAGUUGUACUAGUUUUUUUUUUGCUGCUUGAAGUGGAAGAGGUCAACAGUUGGUCGGCAAAAGGCAUUACAUGUAUUAUCAAAAAGGAUACAUUUCUUUGCAUGUUAAACGUUAUUUUGCCUUGCAUGUUACUUAUGAUGUUCAGAAUCAGAGCUUUAUAAAGGUUUUAUUUGUAAGCAGGAAAUUUAUGUUGUUCAAUUUACUUUGUUUUUCUUUUCCCUGAUGAAGAAACCAUUUGCCAGAAUAUCGGUGACUGAAUUUAUUAAUUAUGUUAAGUAGUUAAGUUAAAUGAUAAGAAUAACAAUUUUUAGCGUUGUGUUCAUCUGGUUAUAAGGUUCUUCACGUCUGAUUUGCAUCACACAUGAGGCCCAUCACAGCAAAACAGGCACAUGUUGCACAGAAGAAGAGCAUAAAUGACACCAGAGGAUAAUGGAAGAAAUUUAUGUACUCAGGUUUCACAAAAGGCAGACAACAGUGAAAUAAACAACCAGCCCGUGUGUGUUCUACAGAGUAACCUGGUGGCUAAUUUCUUUGUGAUGUCAUAGUGUCCAAGGUACCAGAAGGACACAGGUUAUUUAAGUACAUUUUAGGGUACUAAGUAGUUAUUAGAUUCUUUACUCCAUACAUGAUGUUACAUAUUCAGAGCUUUAUAAAAGUUCACUUGUAGUAGAUAAGGUGUGCAAUUAUACCAGGGCCCGGUUUCACAAAGAAUCUUAAGUCUGUUUUGGUGACUUAAGUAUGAGAAUUUCUUAAGUUUUGUCUUAAGUUGAUUCACAAAGAAUCUUAACUCGCCUAGCCGACUUAAGUACCCCAAAAACUUAAGCACGGUAGCUACCGUACUUAAGUCGGAAUGAAGGACACAAGAUGCUUUGAGAUUCGUACUUAAGUUUUUGACUUGGCUUAGUCAAAAUAUUAUGACUUGAGACAAACACUUAAGAUUCUUUGAGAAACCGGGCCAAGGAAUGACGUAUCCCGAUUGAAUGACUUCGCCAUGGCAUAUUGAUUGGUCUUAAUUGGUCACGAUUUGUUUACAAAUUCUGUGCACUUGGCUUCAUCUAUGUCAAGUUAAUAAAGCACUUAC